AUGGGCCGGGCCCCUUUAUUGUCAACCCCUGAGCACGGAGACAUCCUCGUCAUUUAUCUCUCCAUCUCAGCUUCGGCUGUUAGCUCUGUGCUCAUCCGAUCAAAAGAUCACGCGGAGCACCCAGUGCAUUAUGUUAGUAAAGCAUUGCAAGAUGCCGAAGUUCGGUACCCAGACAUCGAGAAAUUGGCGUUCGCCUUGGUCGUUUCGGCAAGACGCCUCCGACCAUAUUUCCAAGCUCACACCAUCCAUGUCUUAACCAACCAACCACUCCGACAGGUGUUGCAGAACCCAGAAACCUCUGGGAGGCUGGUCAAAUGGGCCAUUGAACUGGGCGAGUUUGAUAUUCAUUACAAACCCCGCCCGGCUAUGAGGGGACAGGACGUUGCUGACUUCCUAUCCGAAUUCACGGAGCCCCAAGCUUCCGCAACUACCCAGCUCAUAACCGAACCCAAUCUCCCUCCCAGCCAGGACCAAACCCCCACCGAAGGCAAUCUCGACCUAACCCAGCCCCUAUGGACCUUAUUCGUAGACGGCUCUUCUAAUGCUCAGGGCUGUGGGGCCGGCCUCGUUCUCAUCUCCCCAGACAAGGUUGCCCUCGAGUACGCCCUUCGCUUCAAAUUCCAAGCCUCCAACAAUGAGGCCGAAUAUGAAGCACUCUUAGCUGGUCUUCGAUUAGCCAAAGAGAUGGAUGCCAGGCAAAUUCAGAUAUUUAGCGAUUCACAACUCGUGGUCCACCAGGUCAACCAGGACUUCACGGCUAAGGAUCCCUCUAUGACGGCCUACCUCCAGCACGCUCAGCACCUGCUGGCGACCUUCCACGCCCACUCUCUCAAGCAAGUGCCGCGCUCCGAGAAUAGCCAUGCCGAUGCACUAGCCAGGUUGGCAUCAGCCUUGGAGCAAGGACUGGGUCGCCACAUCCACAUCGAGUUUUUGGCCCAGCCCAGCACACAAGCCCCACUCAUCUGCACUAUUGAUCACAGCCCUACAUGGAUGGACCCCAUCCUCCAGUUCCUACAGAACCAAACACUACCGGCUAAUCCGGCAGAAGCACGACGCGUUCGCCAUCGCUCUGCCCGGUACCUGAUCAUUAACGGCUCCUUAUACAAACGGGGUUUCAGUCUCCCAUACCUCCGAUGCCUGACUCCAGAGGAGGGUCACUAUGUCCUCCGAGAAAUCCAUGAAGGCAUCUGCGGCAACCACUCGGGCGCACGCUCGCUAGCCCAUAAGGCAAUCCGCCAAGGAUACUUCUGGCCUUCACUCCACACUGACGCCCAGGCCUUCACCCAGAAAUGCGACAAGUGUCAGCGAUUCGCCAACAUCCCACAACUCCCGGCUGAACCGUUGACUGCAAUGGUCAGCCCUUGGCCAUUUGCCCAAUGGGGACUGGAUCUCAUUGGACCGAUGCCAGAGGGCAAGGGCCAAGUCAAGUAUGCAGUUGUGGCCGUGGACUACUUCACCAAGUGGGCUGAGGCCGAGGCCUUGGCCACCAUCACUGCGGCUCGCAUCGAAUCCUUUGUGUGGCAAAACAUUGUAUGUCGCUUCGGCAUCCCCAACUCCAUCGUCACCGACAAUGGCCGGCAAUUUGACAACGCCAAAUUCAAACAAUUUUGUUCCAACCUCAAGAUUCAACUACUCCCAGAAGUACUCUGGUCCUACCGCACCACAUUCCGCACAUCCACGGGUGAAACGCCGUUCUCCCUAUCAUUUGGAACCGAGGCCGUGGCUCUGGUAGAGAUUGGCCAGCCCACAUACCGAACCUCCACUUACGAUGCCACGGCCAAUGACGAGCAGUUGGCCCUCAACCUCGACUUCAUUGACGAACUCCGGGACCAAUCGAACAUGCGCAAUGCCGCGUACAAGCAACGCAUCGCCAAAUACUAUGACUCCCGAGUCAAGCCCCGUGCUUUCAAAAUGGGGGACUGGGUCAUGCGCAAGGUUUCCUUGGCUACCAAAAAUCCUAACGAAGGUACCCUCGGCCCUACAUGGGAAGGUCCUUACGAGAUUAUCAAAAUCUGCCGCCCCGGCACUUAUCAGCUUCGUGAUUCCACAGGCAAGACGCUGCCUCACCCGUGGAAUGCUGACCACCUCAAGUACUAUUACAAGUAA